AUCCUAUGCUAGAUUUGAUAGCCAGGAAAACACCGAUGGAGAUGAAGAAAUGGAAGAUGUUGCUGACGAUGAUACUUCACUCAGACCUAAAAUACCAAAGAAAAGAUCAUUUACACACUAUUCAGAAAAUUCAAUAAAUUUUCCCAAACCAAAUGCUGAAUUGAAACCAAUACUAGAGGAUGGAAUAAUAACAGAUUGGGAUUCAGCAGUAGAGCAAUGGGAAUAUCUUUUCGAUAAUCUGAGAGCCGAUUACAAAGAACAACCAUUGUUAUUAACUGAACCAGUGUGGAAUACUAAAGAAAAUAGAACAAAAUCAUUGGAAAUUGCCUUGGAACAAUUUGAAUUCCCAGGUUUUUACCUAGCGUCUGUGCCAACCUGUGUUUCAUUUGCGCUAGGGAGACCUUCAGCCUUGGUGGUUGAUAUUGGCCAUGAUAUAACGAGUGUUACACCAGUUGUUGAUGGUAUGUGUUUGGCUAAAACUACAUUGAAGACUCACUACGCUGGUAAAUAUUUAUCAAAACAAUUAAAACUUCACAUUGACUCAUUAGAUAAAGAAGUCAUACCAUUAUACAAAGUCAAGUCCAAAGUGUUGACCCAGCCUAAUGAAAAACCAAACUGGGUUCCAAAACAAUUUGAAAAUAUAACUAAAUCAUAUGAAGAUUACCAAAUAGAGAAGACAUUACAACAGUUGAAAGAAACAAUCAUAAAGGUCCCACAAGACCCAAUCACAAAAGAUACUAAAUACGAUGAUGAAGAUGAAGUUUUCCCAAAAAGAUCAUUUGAACUACCAAAUGCACACACUAUCGAAUUUGGUAAAUCACGUUUUGAAUUUGGUGAUUCGUUAUUUGAACCUGCAAAUUAUCAAAUUGAUGGCUUUGAACCGGAAAGUGGUGAACCAGAAAUCAAAUCAAAUAUAGAUUAUGUUCCAUUGAAAAGAGCUAAAAAACCAACCGAAGAUGAUGAACAAGAAGAACAAGAGAAAACAUCAACCCGUGGUAAAAAGGAAGUUCCUAGAUUUAGAGGUCUUUCUGAAUUAACUUCACAUGCAUUGUCAUUAGUUGAUGUUGAUAUUAGAGCUCAAUUAGCUCAUAACAUUAUUGUUACUGGUGGGUCUUCUUUAAUCCCAGGUUUGAAUGAUCGUUUAUUAGCAGAUUUGAAUAAAAAUCAUCCAGGUUUGAAAAUCAGACUUCAUGCUGCUGGUAAUACUGCUGAAAGAAAAUUCCAAUCUUGGAUUGGUGGGUCCGUUUUGUCAAGUUUGGGUACUUUCCAUCAAUUAUGGGUUAGUAAAAAGGAGCUGGAAGAAGUUGGUGUUGAAAAAUUGUUAUCAGAAAGAUUUAGAUAAAGAUUAUGUACAGUAAGUUUUGCUUUUUUUGUUUUUGUUUAGCUACACUAAAAUGAUUUUUCUAAAAUAAUUUAUCCUUGUUAAAUUCGUAAGCCACUCAUGUUCUGAAACAUCACUUUGUUAUCACGUACUCUUAUUGUUCAAAGUCCCGUUCUUUAUAGCUUCUUGUGUACAUGAUAUCAUUGCAUUUUGACGAUCACCCAGAUACCU